UACUUUUUUUUUUUUUUAAGUAAGAUUAACAAUACUGAUGAUGUCCAACCCCUGUAGAUAGACUAACCGCAGUUUGCGUUUUUUCCGAGUUUUUUAUUUAUUUAUUUAUUUUAUUUAUUUAUUUUUUUACAUUGACCAUGCAGUCUUCCUUCUGUUGAUCGGUUUUAAAAUGGUUUCAUUGCCUGCCAUUGAUGGAGAUAGACGUCCGAUCGCCGUCAAUGGCACUGACGUGAUUAUUCCAUGCCGACAGUCCCGCUGGACGUCUAUUACUUGUCAGUGGCGGUGAAGGAGUUCAAAAGAUAGCUUUUUUUUUUUUUUUCUGUCACCUACCCAUUCCACCCGAGUCCAGCGGAUGGCGCUGCGGUGACUCCGGCUGCUUUGGCGCUGGCGGGCGGGCGUCCGGCCGUCGAAGAAGAAGACAAAACAAGGAAGUGAUGACAGAAACUGGCGCGCAGCUGUUUGCUCGACUGGACGGGCGUUGCGGCGUCGGCGACAUCGAGCCUCGCCUCUUUCCUCCAGACGGCGAACACGCACCCGGAGGCAGACCCGCUGACAUCACGUGUUUGCGUCAGGUGCGGUCGUGGAGCUUUACGGCACGGAGGGAACGGGUGAGCGGACUCGACGGGGAGGGCCUCACGAUCGCUCUGGUAACGAACGAGCACGCACGCGCAGGUAAGACGGAGCUGCUCUACCACUUCCUGUGCCGCGCCGCGCUCCCCGCCGAGGCCGGCGGACUCCGCCUACGGACGGUCUUGGUGGACACCGACUCCAGUCUGGACAUGUUGCGGCUGGUCGCCGUCCUGGACGCCAAGCUCGUCGCCGCCGGAGCGCCCGGUUCGCCGUCGUCCCGCGACGCGGGCGUGCGCGACUGCCUGUCCCGCCUGCUGGUGGCGCACUGCCGCUCUUCGCGCGAACUCCUCUUCACGUUCCACGCGCUGGAGGCCCGGCUGGCGUCCGAGCCCGGCCCGGCGCUACUCUUUCUGGACAGCGCGUCCGCCUUCUAUUGGUUGGACCGCGGCGAGGGCGGGGCCAGCGCGGCCAAACGGGAAGAGAAUCUGAGCCGGUGUUCGCGGCUGUUGGCUCGACUGCUCGGGGAUUACGGAAUAAGCGUGUUGGCCACCUGCCACGCCAACAGGAGGCGCCGCGGCCCGUCCUCCUUCUCCGACCUGUGUCGCCCUUGGCAACAGCUGGUCACCCAUCGCGUGCUCUGUUCCAGACGAGAAGCCGACCCCGCGGGGGGCCGCAGAAGUCACGUCUUCAGCGCGCGCUGCACGUCGUCCGGAAGUAAAGUUUACCGAAGCUGCUCGUUCCGCGUGGGUGACGGCGGCCUGGAAUUUCUUUGACCCCCGUGAGCGAUGCCGUACAUAUCGUAUUGAAGAGAAUGAUAGCAAUAAAGUUUUGGAGCAACAAUUGUGAACGACUUGUGUGGUGCUUUUCAAAUCCCACGGAUGAAGUCAGAUCCUUUCCAAUUUAGUUGACGUUGACAUUUUCAUGUUGUUGGCCUACGUAGAAUUCUAGAUCCAACUAUCGGGUGACCAAACGUCUUCUUUUGCCCAGACAUGUCCACUUUUCACUUCCAAAUUCAUCAAACUGUCCGGUUUUGACGGGACCAAUUAGAAUGUGUUGAUAUUUUGCGCAAAUGAAUACGGUACUGUGCUGCCUGUGACGCUGUCCCGGUCAGUUUUGCUGUUCUCAGUAACGGAAAACAGAUGUCAGAGCAGUGUUCCAUCGUCCCCCAAUGCGCUAAAACAAAACAAUAGUAAAUUUUUUUGUUACAUUAGAAUUGUGAGGCUAGUUUGAUUUCCAUUAUUUCACUGGAAAAAGGUGGCUUUUCUACAGAAGCAGUAUAGGACAUUAUUUGGACAGUAAGAAUUGGAAAAAAUGCUAUUAUUUUGUUCAAGGAUGCUUCGCUAAUAGGCAUUUUUUUAAUAAUACUAAUUUCAUUCCAUUUUUUUACGUUAUUCUCUUAUUUCGGGAGAAAUAAAGCCUGUUAAAUAAACUGAGAAUUUGUGUCUUUGGUUAUACAGCUUUUUUUUUAUUAUUGAAUUUUCUAUCCAGAUGGAUGAGGCACACUUUAAAUAUAUUAAAGAGAUGAGGCAUCUUUGAGUCAACUUGGAGUAAAAUUGAAAUAUCUCGAGGUACUUUUUUUUUUGGGAAAUCAAAAUAUGGUCACCCUAUCUAUCCAACUAAUAAACGUGGUUGUUUCUGAAAUUCUCGGAACUUUUUUGCGAGUCUGGUCCCGGUUGAAUGAGGUCAGUG